CAGCGCACCUUCCUAUUGCCGCUCCAGGGCGGACUUACCAGCGAUGGUGCUUGAUACGAUAUCACGUGGAUGGGGCACAGAGCCCAAUGAGCAGUGCUGCCUAAUCAGAAAGCGCUCGUUCCUUCCACUCAUCAACAUCAAAUCUUUUCAUCACCAUGGCCCAGUAUUCUACUCCCAAUGUUUCUAUCCCGGAUUUGUGCGAAUACUGUUCGAGGAUCCCGUUUGAUCUGCUACACGCAGAUAGCCCCAUCUUUCUUGGCAACAACUCAACUUGGGAUAUCGGCACUGCCUCACGAAUUCGAACCAGCACAUGUCCGGUCUGUCGACUGGUUAGCGAGCUUCUCUAUCGACACGCCAAAAGGCCAGUCUACUUCAACUUCAACCCCGACUCUACACUUCUUUCCAUCAAGUGGGACUAUGGUCUGGACCCUGCUUUUCCUAGUCGAAGAUGUUUCUUAGUUGACAGGGCCGACUCGUCCCGGCCAGGGCAUGCUCCAAUUGGGCUCUGCUUUCUUGCGGCAAACCAUAGGGAUCAUGGUCGAAGCAAUUACUUGCAUUAUGAGCUUUCGAAAACGGUUGACAUUGAACGCACUGCCAGGUGGAUCGAUGAAUGCUCACGCAAACAUCAGUGUGUUGUCGCUCCAGCCGGGGAGUCAUUUGAGCAAGCCUAUCCAGGUCUUCAGUUUCUUCGCUGCAUUGAUGUCAAGCUCAAUUGCGUGGUAGAACUGAAUCACAUAGUACCAUAUGUGGCGUUGAGCUAUGUCUGGGGCUCCGUCCCCAACUUCAGGAUUACAAAGGCCAACAGGAAAGAACUCAAGUACCGUGACAGUAUCAACAAGGCUUGGAAUCUCAUCCCGGAAACAAUUCGUGAUGCCAUAACACUUACCCGGAAGCUCGGCCUGCGUUAUCUGUGGGUUGAUUCUCUAUGUCUAGUUCAAAACGACCCUAGCGAUCUUGAGCCAGGCAUCGAGCUCAUGGAUCAAGUGUAUGAACGGGCAUGGGUUACUGUCGUCGCCGCCUCGGGCUUCGACGCCAAUGCUGGGCUGCCUGGCAUUGAGACGGGCAGCCGAGAGGUAGGGUGCUUGGCUCAUGAAAUCAAACCAGGCAUCUUCCUAGGAAAGAUAACAAGCAUUGACCUCUCAAUGCAUGAGAGUCCGCACAUGACCAGAGCGUGGACGCUUCAAGAGCGCAUUUUAUCGCGCCGAAACUUGUACUUCUUCAGAGACCAAGUUGUCUUUCGGUGUAACAGGGUCGAAUAUCAUGAAAGGCUCAAUGACAACCUCGCGCAAUUUCACCAGGUGGUUCCCCGAGCCAUGGAUCAUCUAGGGGAGUCUGCCUUCACUGCUCUACGAGUGUACGGCAGUUUGAUCCGCCAAUACUCAGGCCGGUCUCUCGGCAACGACGCAGAUGUGCUCCGAGCCAUGGGAGGCAUCAUGAGGCGAGUGUCAAUAAAGGUUGGAUAUCCCCUAGUUCAGGGCUUGCCAGUCGCGCAUCUCGAUAUUUUUCUCCUGUUCAAGGGGAACAAUGUUACUCGACGGCCUGGGUUUCCAAGCUAUUCGUGGGCUGGCUGGCGAGGGGAGGUGCGGAUGAUAUUUUUGGAGGAGUUUGAAAGCCAGCUGAAGAUUGACGAAUGGUUGGAGAGCCACAGGACUUGGAUAGUCUGGUACACCACCGAUAGCAGCGGGAGAACAACGUCAGUAAUCGACCAAAUUAACCGAACUCACCACCGAACAUUACAAGGCACCACAGAUUGGAGAGCAAGCUGGCUCUACCCUAAUGAACCGCGUGUUUCAUUCCAACAGUUUCAAUCUGGGUUGUCAUUGGAGACGCUGCCGAGGCCAAUCCAUAACCCUAAGCCGUACCCAAUUUUGAGGUUCUGGACAUGGGUGUUGACACUCACAAUCCAAAUGACAGAUGUCUUUACCAGUGACGCUCGACUACUCGGGGCUAAUGGUGAAGAUUGUGGAUGGAUGAGUCUUGAUGAUUUGGGGGGUUCAGAGAGUGACAUCAUAUUUCACGACUCUGAACCAAUUGAAGUGGUUCUUCUCUCUGAGGGGUGCCCACAGAAGACAUUUCGGAACGAUGAAAAAUACGUACUUGACACUUGGAGGCCCACAGAGGUAGAAAUUUGUGACGGCCUCCAUUAUAAUGUUAUCCUGGUGAAAUGGGAUGGUGGAAUUGCCGAGAGAAGAGGGUAUGGCUGGAUCAGAAAAAAAGCAUUGCAUCUAGGCUUUGGUCAGGGGCCUCAUUGGAAAGAGAUUAACCUGGGAUGA